CUUUCUAGUCAACAUCCACAGCCUCUGUCUUUUCUGAGCAUGAGUAUUCUGCCGUCAGCGAGGAAGCAGGAUAUCCCGCCGUACCAGGGCGACGACGACGUAUGCCCUGUGUGCAAGAGCGACCGCUACCUGAAUCACAACAUGAAGCUUCUGGUCACACCCUGCUACCACAAAAUGUGCGAGACGUGUGUCGAGCGUCUCUUUAGCAUGGGGCCAGCACCGUGCCCGGUGUGCCACCAGAUUCUGCGCCAGAGCAGCUUCUACGAGCAAAUCUUUGAGGACCUGACGGUGGAAAAGGAGGUGCGGAUUCGCAAGCGCAUCGCCAUGACGUUCAACAAGCGGCAGGAGGACUUCAAAACACUCAACGCCUUCAACGACUAUCUGGAGAUGGUCGAAGAUAUCACCUUCAAUCUGUUAAACGACGUCGAUGUGCAGGAGACCGAGGAAAAGAUUGGCCGAUACAAGCGCGAGAACCGCGACCUGAUCUACAAGAACAUCUCGAAACAGCAGCGCGAAGAGAAGCUGCAGCAUCUGAUUUCCGAGCAGGAGCGCACCAAGCGGCUGCAGCAGCGCGAGGAGUACCGGCGCCAGCUGAUGGACGAGGAGCGCGAGAAGAAAAUGGCCAAAGAUAGUGUUAUUGAUGCACUGGCGUCGUCGGACAAAGAUGCCAAGGAGAUUGUGCAGACCAAGAUGGUGCAGCUGAAGCGCUCGUCGCUGAGGCACAGGGAUGCCUCAAAGAGAUCCAAGUUUGACGUAUCUGCCCUGCUGGGCGACCUGGAUGAGAACUCGGAUGAGGAAAACUCAGGCGAUGAGGACAUGGAGGGCACCUUUGAUCCCACAGAAUCGCCCUAUGCACCGAUCCACAUCAGCAUGAAGCAGACGUACAUUGACCCGAACCCGGCGUUCCGGCACCCGGCGCUGACAGCAGCCGGGAUGAGCCGCGAAAUCCACCAGAGAUAUUUGCUGGAAGGCGCUAUGUCGGGGCUGUUUGCGCCGCCGCUUUGACAUGGUUAGCAUGGCUAGAAAAUAAAUUCAUUUCU